AUGGCGUUCAAGAAGGUACUGGGUCUCCUCUCGCUGCUACUCCUCCCGUGCCUCGCCACUCAAUCAGCAUACGAGGAGUAUCUGGCUAGCAUUCCGGGCAAGGCAGACCUCAAGCGGCCCAAGAUCAGCUACAAUGGUCACGAACCGUACCAGCCUCUGCCGAAGUCGCCGGCGAGACACAAACAUUGCAGGGUGAAGAGCCACGACGAUCUGGAAACGGAUGAUUCUCAAUACAUUCUGGACGCUCUUCACGAAUGCAACAAUGGUGGCAAGGUUGUCUUCCCGGCUGGAAAGACGUACACUAUUGGGAAGGCUAUGAAUUUGCAAUUUCUGGAGCAUGUCGAUAUUGCCAUCCAAGGCUACAUCCAGUUCACCAACGACACCGACUACUGGCAAGCCCACAGCUUCCCGCAAGUCUUCCAGAACGCAACCACUUUCUUCCAACUAGGCGGACACGACGUCAACGUCUACGGUGGCGGCAUGCUUGAUGGCAACGGACAGGUCUGGUACGACCUCUACGCCCAAAACCAAUACAUCCUGCGGCCUAUCCUGUUCGGCGUCGUUAAGCUCCACGGCAGUACUAUCUCCAACCUGAGAUGGCGGUACUCGCCGCAGUACUACAGCUUCCUCCAGAACUCGACGGACGUCGUCUUUGACAACAUCGACAUCAGCGGGUACAGCCAGAGCAAGAACGUGGCCAAGAACACUGACGGCUGGGACACUUACCGGAGCAGCAACAUCGUUAUCCAGGAGAGUGUUGUGAACAACGGCGAUGAUUGUGUGUCGUUCAAGCCUAAUUCUACCGAGAUCUUGGUGCAGAACAUGCAUUGCAAUGGCAGCCAUGGGAUCAGUGUCGGCUCGCUGGGGCAGUACAAGGGGACUUAUGACAUUGUCGAGAACGUUAUGGUGUCGAAUAUCGAGAUGAGCAACGCCACCGACGGAGCUCGAAUCAAAGUCUGGCCAGGCGCUCCUGCAGCUCUGUCCGGUGAUCUGCAAGGAGGCGGUGGUGCAGGCCGGGUCAACAAUAUCACAUACACCGGAUAUCAGAUUGACAAUGUCGACUAUGCGAUCGAGGUCACGCAGUGCUAUGGCCAGUCCAACCUGACUCUCUGCAACGAGUUCCCGUCCUCGCUCACGAUCAACAACAUCCACAUGAGCGACUUCCAAGGCACGACGAGCAAGAAAUACUCGCCCAUUUCCGGGUAUGUGGUUUGCAGCGACCCGGAUGUAUGCUCGAACAUUGAACUGGAUGAUAUCCAUGUGACGGCGCCUGAUGGGACGGAGAACCUGUUCACUUGUGGGAGUGUUGAUAAGGGGUUGCUGCAUGGAAUCAACUGUACGACGCAAAACAAGGGUGGGAAUUGA